CUUAUUUUGUUAUCAUUUUACACCUGAUUUUGCUACUGCUUGGAUUAAUUAUUAAAACACUGGACGAGAAUUUUAUAUGUUGCAACAAACAUAUUUAUCCCGACACAACAACUCCAACCUUUAUCGAAAGUUUAUUUCCUGAAACCAAGAAAUGGCAUGUUGCAACCAGGAUCCAUGUAAAAAGCAGGAGAAAACUAGCCAGAAAACAUGUUGUUAUGUAUCAAAUCCUUAUCUAGCAACAAUGAAAGAAGAUGUUUUAUAUCAUUUUGAUCUUGGCAGUAAAACUCAUGAUCUUCCUGCCAUGUUUGGAGAUAUUAAGUUUGUAUGUACAGGUGGAAGCUCAUGGCGAAUGAAAUCUUUCGCUCAAUACAUGAAUGCGCUAUUGGAAUUGGGAAGUGCCACAGCUGAUAUUCCCGAUAUCUGUGCCCACACUGACCGUUUUAGCAUGUAUAAAGUGGGGCCUGUCCUAGCAGUCAGUCAUGGCAUGGGGAUUCCCUCAAUCUCAAUCAUGUUAAAUGAACUCCUCAAAUUGCUUUGUCACGCCAAGUGCACUGAUGUCACUGCUUUUCGUAUGGGGACCUCAGGUGGAUUAGGAGUGCAACCAGGUACAGUUGUAGUUACCAGAGUCGCAAUGGAUGCUUGCUUUUGUCCUCAUUUCGAACAAAAUGUAAUGGGGACGAUUAUGUCUUAUUCAACAAUGCUAAAUGAAUGUCUGGCUCAAGAAAUGGUUAAAUGCAGCAAGGAAAUUAAUAAAUUCAACACUAUCCUCGGCAAUACCCUAUGCACGUCAGAUUUCUAUGAAGGCCAGGCCCGUUUAGAUGGUGCUUUCUGCCACUAUACUGCCGAGGACAAAAUGAAUUACCUGCAUUGUGCCAUUGAGUCAGGAAUCCGGAACAUUGAGAUGGAGUCUGCUGUAUUUGCAGCAAUGUGCAACCGAAGUGGUUUACCAGGUGCAGUAAUCUGCGUGACGUUGCUGGAUCGACUGCAAGGUGAUCAAAUCAGCAGCUCCCAUGAAGUGCUUAAAGAAUAUCAGGAGAGACCACAGACAUUAAUUGGUUAUUAUAUAAAGAAAAAGUUCUGCAAGAAAUAGUGUUUAUCUGUCCAUAUUGGCUACUUUAAUUGUUAUCACCCUAUUGGAAAUUUUAUUGGUUUUAACAUAUGAAAAGUGACUUUCUCAUGUUUACAAUGUUUCUGUAUAUUUUGAACAUUCCAGAGAAAGUCUAAUGGUGCAUUAGCUGCAAAGCUAACUUCAGUAAUAUUUGGUAACCACUUAUAUUGCAUUGUGGCUACCAGUUAAAAAAAUAAAGACAUUUUUAAAAAAUC